AGAGCUCGCCCGGGCUGUGUUGCAGCCGGCCAGUCCCCUCCCGCGCCCGGACCAUGCCCACCUGCAUCUUCCUGCUGAGCCAAGGGCAACGACUGGCUUUCUGGAGCUGAAGGCUAAAACUUUCUGACUGUUUCUUCUCCUCCAACAACUGAAUGAGCCAUGCCAUGUGCUCGGAGGAGCUGGCUUGCAGACUUCCCCACCGUGGUUCUACUAUUUAACUUUGGGGCGCUUUGCCAUGGGCGAUCACCACCUCAGCCAGGCCCAGUUCGCUUCCUGGACCCGAGGCAAGAGCGUUUUAUCAAAACCUUGCCCGAAUACCACGUGGUGGGGCCUAUCCGUGUAGAUUCCAGCGGGCGUUUUCUGCCCUAUGGCUUACACCAUCCUGUCGUCAGCAACAGAAGGAAGAGAGCUGUGGAUGGCCCCGAGGACUGGGUGUACUACAGAAUUUCACACGAGGAGAAAGACCUGGUUUUUAACCUGACCACGAACCAGGAAUUUCUUUCCAAUAGCUAUAUUGUGGAGAAGAGAUAUGGAAACCUGUCUCAUGUUAAGAUGGUGUCAUCCUCAGGCCCACCCUGCCAUCUCAGGGGCACAGUUCUCCAGCAGGGCACGGCGAUAGGCACGGCAGCCAUCAGUGCCUGCCACGGACUGACCGGAUUUUUCCAUCUACCCCAUGGAGACUUUUUCAUCGAGCCUGUUCAAAAGCAUCCGGUGGCGGAAGGCGGGUACCACCCACACAUCGUGUACAGGAGGCCCAGGCCCAGCGUUCCAGAGACAAAGGAGCCCACCUGUGGAACAAGGGACAGUCUCGCUACCUCUAAGAAGCAAGAGCUCCAGCGAGAGAAGUGGGAGAGGAACAACCUGCCCGGCCCAGGCAGAGGUCUCUCUCGACGCUCCAUCAGCAAGGAGAGAUGGGUGGAGACGCUAGUGGUGGCGGACACAAAGAUGGUUGAAUAUCAUGGGAGUGAGAACGUGGAGUCCUACAUCCUAACCAUCAUGAACAUGGUCACUGGGCUUUUUCAUAACCCAAGCAUUGGCAAUGCAAUUCACAUCGUUGUGGUUCGGCUCAUUCUACUUGAAGAAGAAGAGCAAGGAUUGAAAAUAGUUCACCACGCAGAGAAGACGCUGUCCAGCUUCUGCAAAUGGCAGAAGAGCAUCAAUCCCAAGAGUGACCUCAACCCCGUCCAUCAUGACGUGGCUGUGCUUCUCACCAGAAAAGAUAUCUGUGCUGGCGUCAACCGUCCGUGUGAGACCCUGGGCCUGUCUCAACUGUCGGGCAUGUGCCAGCCUCACCGGAGUUGUAAUAUCAACGAAGACUCUGGCCUUCCUCUGGCUUUCACCAUUGCCCAUGAGCUUGGGCACAGCUUUGGCAUCCAGCAUGAUGGGAAAGAAAAUGACUGUGAGCCUGUGGGCAGGCAUCCGUACAUCAUGUCCCACCAAAUUCAGUAUGAUCCUGCCCCUCUGACGUGGUCCAAGUGCAGCAAGGAGUAUAUUACCCGCUUCUUGGACCGAGGGUGGGGAUUCUGUCUUGAUGAUAUCCCCAAAAAGAAGGGCUUGAAGUCCAACGUCAUUGCCCCUGGAGUAAUCUAUGAUGUUCAUCACCAGUGCCAGCUCCAAUAUGGCCCGAAUGCUACCUUCUGCCAGGAAGUGGAAAAUGUUUGCCAGACACUGUGGUGCUCGGUGAAAGGCUAUUGUCGCUCGAAACUGGAUGCUGCCGCAGAUGGGACCCGGUGUGGCGAGAGGAAGUGGUGUAUGGCGGGCAAGUGCAUCACAGUGGGGAAGAAGCCGGAGAGCAUCCCUGGAGGCUGGGGACGCUGGUCUCCCUGGUCGCACUGCUCCAGGACCUGUGGGGCCGGAGCCCAGAGUGCAGAGAGACUUUGCAACAACCCGGAACCAAAGUUUGGAGGGAAAUACUGCACUGGAGAAAGAAAACGCUACCGCUUAUGCAACGUGCACCCCUGUCGCACGGAUGCGCCCACAUUUCGGCAGAUGCAGUGCAGUGAAUUUGACACCGUUCCCUACAAAAAUAAAUUCUACCGCUGGUUUCCAGUUUUCAAUCCAGCACAUCCUUGUGGGCUCUACUGCCGACCCAUAGAUGGCCAGUUUUCUGAGAAAAUGCUGGACGCUGUCAUUGAUGGAACCCCUUGCUUUGAAGGUGGCAACAGCAGAAAUGUCUGUAUUAAUGGCAUAUGUAAGAGGGUUGGCUGUGAUUACGAGAUUGAUUCCAGUGCCGCCGAGGACCGCUGUGGAGUGUGUCUCGGAAACGGCUCUGCCUGCCAGACCGUGCGGAAGAUGUUCAGACAGAAAGAGGGAUCUGGGUACGUUGACAUCGGACUCAUCCCCAAAGGGGCAAGGGACAUAAGGGUCAUGGAGGUCAAGGCUGCUGGAAACUUCCUGGCCAUCAGGAGUGAAGACCCAGAAAAACAUUAUCUCAAUGGAGGAUUUAUUAUCCAGUGGAAUGGGAACUAUAAGCUGGCAGGAACUGUCUUCCAGUAUGAUCGGAAAGGAGAUCUGGAGAAACUACUGGCUCCAGGCCCCACCAACGAGUCAGUGUGGCUGCAGUUACUCUUCCAGGUGACCAACCCCGGCAUCAGGUAUGAGUACACAAUCCGGAAAGAUGGACUUGACAGUGAUGUGGACCUGUACUUUUGGCAGUUUGGCCGCUGGACCGAGUGCAGUGUAACAUGUGGGACAGGUAUCCGCCGCCAGACUGCCCACUGUGUGAAGAAGGGUCGUGGGAUAAUGAAAGCAACAUUUUGCAACCCAGAAACACAGCCCAGUGGCAGACAGAAGAAAUGCUACGAAAAGGAUUGCCCACCCAGGUGGUGGGCAGGGGAAUGGGAAUCGUGUUCAGCGACAUGUGGGCCCUACGGAGAGAAGAAGCGAACCGUCCUGUGCAUCCAGACCAUGGGCUCCGACGAGCAGGCUCUCCCAGCGACAGAUUGCCAACACCUGCUGCGGCCCAAGGCCCUUGUUUCCUGUAACCGAGACGUUCUGUGUCCAUCAGACUGGACAGUGGGCAACUGGAGUGAGUGCUCGGUUUCCUGUGGUGGUGGUGUGCGGAUUCGCAGUGUCACGUGUGCUAAGAACCAUAAUGAGCCUUGUGAUAAGACAAGGAAGCCCAACAGCCGAGCUCUGUGUGGCCUCCAGCAAUGCCCAUCAAGCCACAGGCUUCUGAAACCCAGCAAAGAAACAACUUCCACUGGAAGAAAACAACCAACGUCAGAGCAAGACCCUUUCAAGCCCAUCCCUCCACCUGCACCUACGUCCAGUCCCAAACCGCUGCCAGCACCCACAGUGCCCGGAUCUGCAAGCACAAACGCUCCUGAAGUCAAUAGUCCUAGUUCUACCACAGCAUCCACAGAAGGAGGCCUGGAUGGGACGCAGUGGCAGAAGAGCCCAAUCCAAACCGACCAGGACCCCAACUCUGUCAGUUCCUCUGAGAGCACUUCCCAGCCCAUCCUCAGCUCCUGGUCUUUGACCAUUCAGCCCAAUGAUGACAAUGUUUCCUCUUCAUACACCAGUUCUCCUUCAGAGGGAGACGUUUUGACUACCACCAGCGGAUCUGAUCUGUCUUCUUCCAGCAAUGCUGUGACGUGGCAGCUAACCCCAUUCUACAAUACUUUGUCAAGCGAUCCAGAAGAUCACUCAGAGAUUCACAGUGGCUCCGGGGAAGACAGUGAACAGCAGGAGAACGAGGGUGAGAGCAACUCUGUCAUUUGGAGCAAGGUCAGAGUACCUGAAAAGGACACUCCGAUAGAAAAGCAUCCAGAAAUGCCACUAGGACCUCUACCAACCCCUUCUCUGAGGGAGGACUCCUCAUGGACUCCUUCCAGCACAGUGAUGGAAGGCUCACCACCUGCCAAGUCCCUUAAAAAUGGCACACCCACAGCUGAGGGAAUGACCACUGACCACCAGCCAGUACCUUCAGAAAAGUCAGGAACCCAUCGCUUUCCAACCAAUAAGAGCGCAACUCAAGAUCCUGGGCCAGUUCUCACUGAACAAGAAGCAUCCAGUCUAAUUGCUGAGGGGUUCUUGUUAAAUGCCUCCAGUUACAAGCAGCCCAUGGAGGAUCGCAGCCCCGCACACUGGAUUGUUGGAAACUGGAGUCAAUGCUCCACCACGUGCGGACUGGGGGCCUACUGGAGAAACGUGGAGUGCAGCACCCAGAAGGAUGCGGACUGUGCAGCCACCCAGAGGCCCGAGCCUGCUAAGAAGUGCCAUCUGCGCCCCUGCGCUGGCUGGAGAGUGGGAAACUGGAGCGAGUGUUCCCGGAACUGCAGCGGGGGCUUCAAGAUCCGUGAGAUUCAGUGCGUGGACAGCAGGGACCACCACCGGAGCCUGAGGCCCCAUCACUGCCAGUUCCUGGCUGGCAUCCCUCCCCCGCUGAGCUUGAGCUGUAACCCGGAGCCCUGCCAAGAAUGGCAGGUGGAGCCCUGGAGCCAGUGUUCCAGGUCUUGUGGAGGUGGCAUUCAGGAGAGAGGAGUGUCUUGUCCAGGAGGCCUCUGUGACUGGACAAAAAGGCCCCCCUCCACCAUGCCCUGCAACAGACACCUUUGCUGCCACUGGACCACUGGAAACUGGGACUCGUGUACUGCUUCUUGUGGAGGUGGCUUUCAGAAGAGGACUGUCCAUUGUGUCCACUCAGAGAACGGUACAACUGAAGCUGAAGGUCAAGACGAGUGCCUGUGUGACCAUGAAGGCAGACCUCGAGAACUCCAAACAUGCAACCAGCAAGACUGCAGGAACAGUGCUGAUUUACUUUGCACAAAGGACAGACUGUCAGCCAGUUUCUGCCAGACACUGAAAUCCAUGAAGAAAUGUUCUGUGCCCACCGUGAGGGCCCAGUGUUGCUUCUCGUGUCCCCAGACACAGCCUCCACACCCAAAGGCCGAGAAAACUGUAGCUUCUCAAAAACCCUGAAGCAUCGACAUCCGGGAUGAAACCGCACCAUGGACAACCACAAGCCUGCCACCUCAACAUGAUUUCGCCCCAAUGGCCAUUCACUGACAUUGUGCUUUACAUAUUUUAAGUCCAAUUUGUGGUCAUGACAACACAAAAUCCACUGUGUUCCUCUAGCUGCAAAAUGCCCCUCCCUUCACAGGAGGCCUCAGGCUAUCCUUCCUACUGUUCCCUAUACCUGGGAAGAUUCUGCCACAUCUGGAGAGAGCUCCUGGGAAAGGUGCCAGAUGACAGGUCUGUGUUCAGAUAUCUUUCUCCCCCCCCCCCCCACUUUCAAGAUGGCAAAGCAAAGAGAUCACAUAUUUGUUUUUCCCCCAGACUACCUCAAGAGUGUCAGGAAAAAAGAACCACACUUAUCCAGGGAAUAAAUACUGUUUUUUAAUUUACCUUGGUGAAUACAACCUCCCCCAACUACCUAGAGUAACUGGCUGCUGUUGAAAAUGUCAUGGGGGAACCUUCAGGAACAUUCCGGAUUCUUCCAGACACAAGAACGCUUUCCUCUCCCAGUACUGAAUAAAAGCAGGAAGAGAAUGCUGGUUAUAUCCCUCGUUCUCCAUCCUGCAGCACCCCACAGAUGCUCCUCUGUGUCCUGGGCUAGUAGGAGAUUCAAGCUAAGUGCACACAGACGUUGGUAAUUUCUAUGAACAAUCUUAAAAUACAAAUGAACAGAAAUCAAUGUCUUACUAGCAUAAGAAAGCAAGCAUGGGCCUUUAUCCUUCCCCUUCUGGGUGGCCAGGUCCUUCAUAGAGCAAACCAAUGAUGGAUCAUAUCUGGCUUCUCACCCGUCCAGUCCCUAUCUGAGUCUCAGGACCCACCGUCAUCUUGGUGCUGUGGUUUCCAUUCAGACCAAACACUACAACCAGGGCCACGGCUGCCACCUCUUCCCUGGCAGGAAACUGCAGCUACACAUUAAACCAUUUCAAAGAACCGGCUUGAUUGUACCAAGUUGGAGGAACUUAGUACAAAUGUAUAGUCUUAAAAACAAACAAACAAAAAAAAAGACCUUAAAAGUUUGGCCUUGGAUAUUUGCAAUCACAGUCCACUUUGACAUCUGGGCAGUCGGAAAGGCCAUUGGAUAUCUAUUCACUGUGCCCACUGGUGACUUAGAAAAGUCUCUUACUGCUAGAGAUACAAGCCUAUGGAAGAGUGUGUACUUAGUAAGCACAAGGCUGUGGGCUUGAUCUCCAGUACCACAGACAGAGAGAAUCAAAAAAUAAAGGUUAUAAAUAAAAGUUAAAAAAUAAAUAAAUAAAGGUUAAUUUACCUUGUGAAGAACAGGCGAGUCAAGAAAGUCCAAAACACUGCAAUGAAAGCAUUUAUUCUUAUAUGUCUUUGCCUACUGUCCAGAAGUCAAAGUGGACUGUGGUCUUGCGUUCAAAGCAAAUUUCCAGGCAAACCUGUCUGACAGGAAGUUCUAACAUGAACUAGACCCAGGCAGGGAUUAUGCGCAGAGGGAGUGGUAUAAAGCUCAAGGGAAUAAAGUCUCAGAACUAAUAUUUGACACAGUGGAAGGCAGCUCCUCUAUCCAUACAUUCAGCCUUCCUUUGGGAAUGCAGUGUCCCACAUCUCCCUGUGAUUACCAGUCCAUUCUACAGAGUGGUGCUAUUUAAAAGUGGUGCUAGGGCUGGAGAGAUGGCUUAGCGGUUAAGCGCUUGCCUGUGAAGCCUAAGGACCCCGGUUUGAGGCUCAGUUCCCCAGGUCCCACGUUAGCCAGAUGCACAAGGGGGCGCACGC